GGGCUCCCGUAGCAGGGCGCGGUGGUGGCGCCACGUCCCGGGCAGCGUCCGGGAAGGAGUCAGUCCGGCACUGCUUGGGGUGACAAUGGCCUUCACGCUGUAUUCCCUGCUGCAGGCGGCCCUGCUGUGCGUGAACGCCAUCGCCGUGCUGCACGAGGAGCGCUUCCUCAAGAACAUUGGCUGGGGAACAGACCAGGGAAUUGGCGGAUUCGGAGAGGAGCCAGGAAUUAAAUCUCAACUAAUGAACCUUAUUCGAUCUGUAAGAACUGUGAUGAGAGUGCCGUUGAUAAUAGUAAACUCAGUUACUAUUGUAUUGCUUUUGUUAUUUGGCUGAACAUCAUUGGGAAAUCAGAGACUCAGAAGAAAGGCCCCAGAACUUACUAUUGCCAUCGUGACUGGAAUAUUCAUGUUUUAGCAGGCUCAUCUUGCAGUUGACAAAAAAUGUAAAGUUGACAAUAAAACCAGUUUUUAUUUAUCUGAUUUUUUUUCAGUGUUGCACUUACAGUUUCAGUACAAAAAGAUCAGAUUGUCAGAGGCAGGAGUGCUGGAUUGCACAUACGUGUGUGUGGUUAAACUAGGUUGUUAAUGGACUGCUGCCUCUGCCUUCUUACAUGUUGUUCUGUCUCACAACUCAGGGAUGGACUUCUCUCCAAAGUUUUGGAAUCCCCUGUUAUUUAGGUCUGACCUAACGGUAAUUAACUUCCUGUGUAAACUUAAAGAGUUUUUUAAAGGAACAAUUACAUAUGAUUGACAAAUUGGUAAUUUGGGUAACUUAUUCUGAGCUCUUUGCUUAACUAGUCUACAUCAUCUCUGCUAUAAAGAAAUUUAUAGAGAAAUACAUGGAGCAAUACCAUUUCAGGGAGAAUUCCAAUUCUGUAAAUCAGUUGUUUGGUAACUGUGGUUUUAAGUUCUUUUUAUGCUGUUAUUGGCCUGAAUAAGGAGACCAGAGUAUUUACAUAUUCUCAUUGUUAGAAAGUCUUCCCUUUUUACAAUGAUGAUUUGUUUGAUAAAAUCAGUAUAACUGUUAGUUGGCAAAUUUGGCUCAUGUAAUCACUAAGUAAGCUGUUGGAGCAGGCUGUUUAUCAUGAAAUGUUCCCCUUCUCCCAGGUCAUAUUUCUUGGUGGAGUAGCAUAGUAAAGGUACGAUUCUUAAUUGCUCAUUCUGUCAGUAGACCACUUAUUCUAGGUAACUUUUAUUUUUUGUUUGUUUUGACGUCUUUUUUUUUUUAAUGUCUUAGGCAACCUUGUGAAGUACUUUGCCCAUCCCAUAAUACUAUAGUACAGUUUUAUAUAGGAAGAUUUAAACUGUGCAAAUAUUAUGUGAAAUGUUUCAGUUACAAUGUUUUAAAGGGGUGGGGUGGCAUCUUUCUGUACAGGAAAAUUUUUAUAAAUAAAGUUGACUUUCCAACUCAA